AUGAGCCAUAUAAUAGUAAUUAGAGAAUACAAACCGGGAGACGAAUUAAACUGUCACGGUAUGAUGACAAAUAGCAUAAUGUCAUCAUUGAAUUCAACGUUUCUCGCUAAUGUUCUUAAAGAAUUAACAUUUCAAUUGAUGAUUUUAUCUGCGGCGAUUAUGUUUAUAUUUUUUGGACUUUCGCUUACUAUUUGCCUUUCAGUAAUCCCAAUUACAAUAAUAGGUACUUACAUAGGAACUUAUUUGGGAUUUUUAAUGAUGACUGCUGAAAUAAAUCAAGAGUUAUCAAACAUAUCCAGUAAUAAACUUUACAUGUCAAACCUGUUCUCGUGUUUUUGGGUAGCAGAAGCGUUCCAGCCUUACUCGAUGAUCCGUAAUCCAGCCGACGUGAACUACACAGUAAUGACAGAGAAAGAGUUUCGCGAUUCAAAUAUCGACGUGUCGUCGCAGUUGAAAAAAAUCGUAGGUACCAUUGGAUUAUUAAAAAGUUACAAAAGCGACAAGGGUGCAUGGAUAAAAAGGUUGUGCGUUGCCAAAAAUUACCGGCGCAAAGGAGUCGGCUCUUGCUUGCUUAACACUGCGGUUCAGUUCGCUGUUGACCAAGGAUACAGCAGCGUUGAUCUUGUUUUCUCCGAGUACAGUGACGGUUGUCGGGAACUGUGUUUCAAAAAGGGCUUUGAACUGAAACAGAUGUACCACAAGUCCAUUAUUGGACCAGUUGUCAAUGUUCUUCAAUAUGAACUAACGUAUAAGAUAAAACCACACGAUGAUUACAUUGAUAGUUAUUAUAAUAAUUAUCAGAACUAUAAUCAUCCAAAACAGCAUUUUCUUUAG